AUGACUAAAAAGUUGGGCAAAUCGUUAAAGCUCUACCAAAUAAACGCUGUUGACAUCUCCCUAGAAGCUAAAACCUACGGUCAGUGCCCUCGCAAACAAUACAUUUCUGACGACCCGAACAAAACAGGGGGCAUUCUCGGCACACUAACUAUUGGAAUUGGAUCUCGCGUGAUGUUACGCCGCAACAUCAAUGUAAACCACGGUCUGGUGAACGGUGCUAUUGGUAUCAUAAGAAGAAUUGAGUGGCCUUCUCUUCGCAGAGAGCAGUUAGAACCAGGUGAGUUACCGCAGGCAGUAUUCGUAGAGUUCGACGAUCGUUCUGUUAAGGGCAAUGAAUUGGGUGUGGGGGUUUGCAUAGAGCCCUCCACUGUCGACUUUGAUGCGCUUCGCGGACAAGGGAAGAUUGAACGUCGGAUGCUGCCUUUGAUACUUUGUUGGGCUGUAACGGUACACAAACUGCAAGGUACCACCUUGGAUCGGGCUGUCGUGGACCUAUCAAACGUGUUUGCAAAGGGCCAGGCUUAUGUAGCCCUAAGCCGUGUUAAAACACUUGCUGGGUUAGCAAUAAAAACACUUGACCCAAAAAAGCAGUUGGACCGGCCCCACGACGAAUGUUCUUUAACUGAACUUAAACGUUUGCGGGAUCUUCAGCAGUAA